GUCGCUCUUUCUCUUCGUACCACCACCCAGUCCAUUUGACACCCAGAGAACAUGAGCGACAUCGAGAAGGGCACCCACACGGACGGCGGCCACCAAUACGCCCCCGCACCCCGCCCGACGACCAUCGCCAACCCGGGCGCCCUCGGUCUCUUCUCCUUCGCCUCGACGACGUUCAUCCUCAGCUUCUACAACGUCUCCGUCGAUGGGAUCGCGACCCCUAAUGUGGUCGUUGGAAUGGCGCUGUUCUGCGGCGGCCUUGCCCAGCUGCUGGCAGGGAUGUGGGAGUUCCCUCGCGGGAAUGCCUUCGGAGGCACCGCCUUCACCUCGUAUGGCGCGUUCUGGCUGUCCUUCGGGACGAUCUUCAUCCCCGGCAGCGGCAUCCUUUCCUCCUACGGCACCAACACCAGCGAGCUCGAGAAAGCGCUCGGCAUCUACCUCUUCUCGUGGUUCAUCGUCACCUUCCUAUUCCUGUGCGUCCCUUUUUCCCGGCUAAUUUUUCUUCCCCCCGUUUGUCCGGCGGGGUAACCCCACAUAUUUUUGUCAUGGUUGGGGGUGAGAGUCUCUUGCCCCAUCUGCCUAGUCUGUGAGAGCCGGCGCUCCCGUUCCUUGGCGGGCGCUCCGUCUCACGGCUGGCGCGGUGGCACUACGUGAAACUGAUGCGCGCCGACCGGGCCGGCCGCUCAGUGAUCGUUACAGUUUCGCAUAUUCUUGCCAAUCGGAUGACACGGAGCUGACGCGGACAUCUUUCUUCGUUUCUUUUCAGGAUCGUCGCGCUGCGCAAGUCGG